CCGUCUGGCUGCUGGAAGCCUGGGCACUCAGGACAGCUGAGUGCCUGUAAUCCCAUUUGCAGGCAGCGCAGGGCUAAUCCUCGCAGAGCCCUGAGCGGAUUGAGGCGGGUUUGGGGGGUCAGUGGCGAGCUGCAGUGGCCAAGGGAGCCCAUGAAUCCCAGGGCUGGCUUCCCAGGGAGGCAGUGGUGACCCUGCGGGGGACGUGGAAACAGAAGGACACCAAGGACCUUUCUGGGCUGCUCAGGAGACAGUGUGAACUGGUGCAGCUGGUAUCCCCUGGGCAGUGUGCGCCCCUGCUCUGGGCUCUUGCCAGCUGGAGACCCCUCGGCGCCGCCCGCAGCCAGCGGGAUGAUGGGCUGGAUUGACCGGGUGGUCCCCCAGCCCCCGGUGCCCCAUGUGACAGAGGAGACCCCUGUGCAGGAGCUGGAGCCAGCUAAGGCACCAACAGGAAAGGCUGCUGGCCCCACAGGUGCUGCUGACCAGGCACACACUGAGGAAACAGAAAAGAAAGUGACCUUUGUGGCCUCUGAGGACUCAGGUUCUGUGUUUGACAGUGUGGGGAGCAGCGUGCUCUCCUGGAUCUCCUAUGGGCUGGAGAAGGUGAUUCCCCAGCCAGCCCCAGCCCCAGCCCCAGGGCUGCAGGCACUCGGGAAGAGCUUCGAGACAAGCAUCGACAUUGCUGAUGAGACAGAGGUCCAGGUCGUUGAUGAUGAGGACGACGAUGGUCUGGAGAUAACUCCCCUCGAUCCCGAUCCCGACGAGGAUGUCUCCGAGGGCGAGCCGGAGGGCGAACCGGAGGGCGAACCGGAGGCCGCCCCGCAGGAGUGGGCAGGAAACCGGGUGCUCAGCUGGCUGUCACACGGCUUCGAGAGGAUUUUGCCCCAGCCAGAGGGGAUGAAAAAGCCGGAGACAGAGCUGAAGGAGAAGAGCGAGGGCGCGGUGGAAGACACCAAAGGGACUAACACCCAGGAGAAGCCUAAACCCAGCGCUUCAGCCUCGCAGAGCACCGCAGCGGCAGCCAAGGGGCAGCCGGAGCCGGCGACUGCCCUCAGCCCUCAGUCCGUGCCUGUGGACGGUGCCAGGAUGUUCAGCUGGUUUGUCCAGGGGCUGGAGAAGGUGAUGCCACAGCCGGUGACCAGGGAGAAGCAGGACACACAGGGAGUGCCCACAGCAACCUCAAGUCCUGCGGAACAAAUUCAUGUAGCCCCUGGGGAACAGGAGGAAACCCAUCUCGUGCUGAAAGAGAUUGAUGACGACCACAUUAACGAAGAGAUGACAGCCCAGGCUCACAAGGCUGAGCUGGAGGCAGAUGCUCAUUCCCUUCCCACCAUACAGGAGGAACCUCAGGAGGAAGAAAACAGACCAUGUUUGUGCUCCCCAAACACUGCCAAUGGGGAAGAGGAAAAAGAGGAGGAGGAGGAGAAGAAAGAGGAGGAGAGGAAAAAAGAGGAAGAGGAGAUGAAGCAAAAGGAGGAAGAGGAGAGACGGCUCACCCCAGGGCUCGCUGCUGACGCGGGCCCUGGUGACAGACGAGUGUCUCCUGGUGACACGGGCUCCGUCUCCGCCGCCCGUAGCAACCGCAGCCCCGACUGCGCCUUCCUGGCAGAUCGGAGCAGCUCCGGGAGAUGCUCCGUGCUGUUUAAACCACCCCUGCUGCAGCUGCCUUGUCUCCCUGCUGAUGAGGGUGUGGAUGAAGCCUGCCUUGCCCAGGAGACCCUCAGGGUUGAGCAGCUGGAAGAAGUUGAGAUGAGUGAUCUCAAAGGUGCUCUUGUGCAGGUGGAAGAGGAGACAGCUGAAGCUGCUGAAACCAAUGCUGAAGGUACAACCUGUAGCAGUACGAUGCCAAACUGGGGUGAAGUGAAGCAGGGGAUGCAGUGCCUGCGGGCUCCUAGCAGCAUGGCCAGGCGGGCCCGGGACGUCGAGCUAGGCCGGCUGGUGCGCGACAGGCCGCUGGCUGGCAGGGCCCGCUCGCCUCCCGGCCGCGGGGCGCUAGAGCAGCUCCCCAAUGUCCCCAGCUACCGAGCCACCGCCUGCACCCCCGUCCUUGUCGCCAGCGAGCCAAAGGCCGGAGUUGUCAACCCCAAUUUUUGCGCUGAGGAGCAAUCCCCACUAGGUGAUUACCCCAGCGUGUUGAUCAAGGAUGUGGACAGCCCAGGCCCUGCUCUGGAGAUCCAUGGCACCCAUGGAGAGGUGCCUGCUGCCGGCGCUCCCAACCUGCUGGCGGUGCCCGGCGCAGCAUCCCCCAGGAGAAAGCAACUGCUCCUACAGGAUGCUCUGGACAAGGGGCUGGAGAGCCAAUCCCCCAGCCGAGAGCUGGGCUGGGACGAGGAGCAGAGGGAAAGCCUGCCCGAGCGCGUGGGCUCGGCCACCAGCCUGAGCAGCGCCGUCAUCAACACCCGGCUCCAGGAGCUGGUCAGGCUCUUCAAAGAGAGGACUGAGAAGGUGAAGGAGAAGCUGAUUGACCCCGAUGUCACCUCGGACGACGAGAGCCCUGUGACAUCUCCCACCAAGCCAGCACCUGCAGCAGCACCGCUGCCUGCCCCAGGAGGGGAGCUGGAGGGGGACAAACCUUCGGGGGACGAGCACUACUGUGAGAUGCUGUGCUGCACGUUCAAGUACCGGCCCUGGCUGGACCGCCUGAAAAGCUACCAGUUCCCCAGCAGCAUCGACCCCCUCACCAAUCUGAUGUACGUGCUGUGGCUGUUCUUCGUUGUCAUGGCCUGGAACUGGAACUGCUGGUUGAUCCCCGUCCGCUGGGCUUUCCCCUACCAGACUCCAGCAAACAUCCACUACUGGCUGCUGGUGGACUACCUCUGUGACCUCAUUUAUCUGCUGGACAUCCUCAUCUUUCAGACCCGGCUGCAGUUCGUGCAGGGUGGAGACAUCAUCACUGACAAAAAGGCCAUGAAAGAGAACUACCUGCGAUCACAACGCUUCAAGAUGGAUGUGCUGUGCCUCCUGCCCCUGGAUUUCUUCUACUUCAAAGUGGGUGUCAACCCUCUCCUGCGCUUCCCUCGCUGUCUGAAGUACAUGGCCUUCUUCGAGUUCAACAACCGCCUGGAGGCCAUCCUGACCAAGGCAUACAUCUACAGAGUGAUCCGGACCACUGCCUACUUGCUGUACAGCCUGCACGUGAACUCCUGCCUCUACUACUGGGCCUCAGCCUACGAGGGGCUGGGCUCCACCACCUGGGUCUACGAUGGGGAAGGAAACAGCUACAUCCGCUGUUACUACUGGGCAGUGAAAACCCUCAUCACCAUCGGGGGCCUACCAGAUCCCAAGACACUGUUUGAGAUCGUCUUCCAGCUGCUGAACUACUUCACAGGCGUCUUUGCUUUCUCUGUCAUGAUAGGGCAGAUGAGAGACGUGGUCGGUGCUGCUACUGCAGGGCAAACUUACUAUCGGAGCUGCAUGGACAGCACCAUUAAAUACAUGAACUUCUACAAGAUCCCCAGAACUGUUCAGAACCGGGUGAAGACGUGGUACGAGUACACGUGGCACUCUCAAGGCAUGCUAGAUGAGUCCGAGCUGCUGGUGCAGCUGCCGGACAAGAUGAGGCUGGACAUCGCCAUCGACGUCAACUACAACAUCGUGAGCAAAGUGGCCCUUUUCCAGGGUUGUGACAGACAGAUGAUCUUCGACAUGCUGAAGCGGCUCAGAUCAGUGGUCUACCUGCCCAACGACUACGUGUGCAAGAAGGGAGAAAUAGGCCGUGAGAUGUACAUCAUCCAGGCGGGACAAGUGCAGGUGCUGGGGGGCCCCGACGGCAAAUCCGUGCUGGUGACUCUCAAAGCCGGGUCUGUCUUUGGGGAGAUCAGCUUGCUGGCAGCAGGAGGGGGAAAUCGCCGCACAGCAAACGUCGUGGCCCACGGCUUCGCCAACCUUUUUAUUUUGGAGAAGAAGGACUUGAACGAGAUUUUGGUGCAUUACCCGGAGUCUCAGAAGCUGCUGCGCAAGAAAGCCAAGAAAAUGCUGAAAAGCAACAACAAACCCAAAGACGAGAAGGGAGGCCCCGGAGAUGCGCUGAUCAUCCCCCCGAGAGCCGACACCCCGAAGCUGUUCAAGGCUGCCCUGGCUGCCACAGGGAGGAUGGGGGGCAAGGGGGCCCUGGAGCGGCUCCGCUGGAGGCUGAAGGAGCUGAGGGCCAUGCAGGAGGCACAGGGUUCCAGUGUCAGCCCAACCCCACCCAAAUCACCAGUGCACCAGAGAUCACCUGUCACGUCCCACAAAGCGCAAACCCGCCUGGGAGAAGAGACAUCCUUGGAAUCUUCUGAUCAUUCAGUCACCAUUCGUGUGAUUCCCACAAAAGAAGAUGAGGAAAUCCUUGCUGCUGAGAUUUCAGAGAAAGAUGAAAAAAAAGAAGAGGAAUGAAACAGCAGCAGGUCCCGGGGCAGGUGUAGGAGUCAGGCAAAUGCCUGGGCUAGCAGAUUUUUGUCGUUAAUGAUUUCCAUGCAGUGGCUGUAGGUUUUGCUAUGUGCUGUGGGUAGGAUCUGCCUCUCUCUUCUGCCCAGACCCUCGAUCACUGCUGAUUAACCCCUCUGCCAUUUGACCCAGAACCAUGCAAGGUUUCUAUGCUCUGCAGAUCCAUUGAGCACCUUUAUGAUUUUCCCACUAAAUCUCAGGUCAGCCCUCUUGCUUUGAAAUCCAGCCUUGUGGAGGGAGAGCUAUGGAAAAAUUGCUUUUUAUGGCCCUGGAUGGUUAAUGAGUGUUCAGACAAAGCAUGAAGAGUUAUUCACCUCUGACAGCUUAGUCACCUCUUGGCUAGGAACAACUGAGGGAAAAAAAAACAACAAGGUUUCUCUGUUGGGCUCAAGGUUGACAGCAGCAGUGGGGAGUGAUUCAUCUGAAAAGGAUGUGGACUAUGCUCACAGGCCAAGCAAGGAGCAAACCAAGCUGUCAUGAGAAUGCCAAGCUCUGUCCCCAAGUGCACAGACUGCGAGAUGCUUGAGGGUCCCUGCGUGGUGCCAAGACCACCUUGGCUUUGCCACCGGGAGGAAUUCUUGCCAGCUGUCCACCCUGGGCAGGUGGUGGACUCUCCAUUCCUGGGGGCUCUUAUGGAGAGAUUUGAUGAGCAUCUUUCAAGGAUAGGGAAGCACAAUCCUGGAUGAGAUGUUCCUGGAGUUCUUUUCCAGCCUUGAGAUUUUUCUGUGCUGCCACUGCUGGGAGUGGGGAGAGCAGGAAGGGGGAAGCUGAGUUGGUUCCCAGCUGGGAGGGUAAAGAGAAGUGCAGUAGGUGCUCUCCUCUCUCAGACAGCGUUCCAGAGUCAGCUCAGAGCCUGUAACGUGCCAACAAGUGUGCAUGGGCAUGCAGGUGCUCCCCUGCAGUCAUUGCUGGACCUCAGUGACAUCCACAUUUCCAGCAGGCAAUUCCAGCCCUUCAGUCACUUCAGACUGGCCACAUUUCCCGUGGGGAGAGAAGCCACCCUGGUACUGCUCAUCACUGAAGUAAUGAAGUCACCCUCUCAGCCGUGCUAGGACUGGGCACUGGAGGGGAAGGAAGACAUCUGGUCAGCAGCCAGCACCCAGCUGAUGGCUCCAGGUGUCCGAUCUUCUUCCAGCACCAGCAGGUCCUUCCUCAUCUUCCUCAAAGCCAGCAGCCAGCAGAGCGAGCUGCUGGUGAGCCGAGGGGUGGUGAGAAGCAGUGCAUGAGGCGGUGCUGGGUGAGGUUUUGCGGAUCCUCCCCAAGUUUUUGGCUGUCCGUGCUCCCACAGCACCCCUGGCUCCAUCGAGAGGAGCCACUUCCCAUCCUCUGGAGGAGAAAGUUGGAGCAGGUUUUGCUGCAGGGAGCAGCCCUGUCACCAUGGCCAAGGGACUUCUCAGGUGUUCAGCAAACGCUGUGAGCAGUGCUGCAGGUUCCACAGGUCUGGCUGUGACACAGGCUCCUGGUGAAGGGUGAAGCGCUGGCGUCACCCCCUGGGUGAUCCCUCUUCCCAUCAGCAGCCCAGGGCUGACCUUCAGCUCCUUUGGGAUCUUCUUUUGUCGCUUUAUUUCCCCCCCUCUCUUGCAAAAUGCAUGGGCUUCUGUGGAAAAAAAACCACGCCAAAACCAGAAUAGAUGUUAGCAUUAGUUAGCAAUGCCUUGCUUUCUUUUAAACAAAUGUAACGAGCUCCACUGAUACUGCAGGAGGGUCUGAAGCCAGCACAUUGCAGGGGAGAGCCUGCACUCACCCAAACCUCCCAGAAUAUCUCUCAUCCUCAGUCAUUUGCAAGUGGUUUCCUGCCAGGUAGAAGAUUUUGGUGGGAAGUGCAAAGUUGGGUGGUUUUUGGUUUUUUUUUUUUACACUCUUUAAAUAUUUAUAUAAUCAAACCAGGAAAUGUGCAAAAAUCAAACUGAGGCUCUGAUUUGCUGCUAUGAUUUAAUAUUCUCUAGAAAAAGCAUUUAAAUAAAUAGUGGGCUGUAAUUGCUCUCAUAAUUCACUGUAUCUACAAUAAACACCAUGUAGAUUACC